AGAGCUUCAUCUUUUUCUGCUUUUCUUCAACGGUAUAAUAUCUUUAAUAUUCUUCCUCAGCUAUAUUUAUUCAUAUUCAACAAAAUUUUUUUGACCAUGUGUGUCACGAGAGCAACUUCAUCUCGCAUUGUUGGCGAAAAUCAAGAGCUUGGCCAAGAUGAUGAGUGGGAAGUUCAACAGCCAUGUCCAUUGACAAAUGUUUUUAGUGAUCUCUUGCAAGGAAUCACUAAUCCAAGCCUUGCAUCAUUGGUUCAAGUCAUUUGGACCUUGCACGAGGGUCAACAAAGGACUACUCAACUUCUCACCAACUUGCAAGCUCAACAUGCUAUGCAGGAUCCAGUGCAACUAGUCAACAUGGGUAGGACGUUCCAGCCACAAGAGGUCCAAACUACAGCUACCGAUAACGCUGGGGGCUCUAUUGCACAACCUAGUAACACAACACCGCCAGUAAUCACAGUCGCCAACAUCGAUAGAGCUCCACCUAACACAACUGUUUCCACUCAAGUCUUCGUUACCAUGGCAGAUCUUACUACUUUCUUAGAUAAGGAACGUUCUAGACAAAGUUCAACCACUUUUCAGUUCAUCCAUGAUCUACCCUAUCCAAAGGAGAUUCUGUCCAAGCCUUACCCAAAGAAAUAUGAAAGUCCUACAUUCCUGCAAUAUGAUGGGAGCAUGUUAGCAAGUUCCUCAAUGCCAUGGGGGCUCAUGUUGGCGAUAAAGACUUGUGCCUACAUGAGUUUUCUAAAUCUCUCUCUGAUAAAGCUUACAAUUGCUAUACUACUUUGCUCCCUGGCUUUAUCCGCUCUUGGGAUGAAAUGAUUGAGCAAUUUUGUCAAAAAUAUUUUCAAAGUGAGGAGUGCAUCACCAUUCUUGAUCUUCAUAAUACUCGCCAAUGUGCUGGCGAAGAUUUGGUGGUUUAUGUAAAAAGGUUUAGAGAUUUGGCACUUGAUUGUUAUGGUAGUCAUGUUGAAUCUUUCUUGUUGGAGAUUUGCAUCAACAUGUUCCCAGUAUAUCGUGCUAUCCUUGAAAAUAUCAGGAUAAGUCAAUUUGCAAGUCUGCUCGAUGCUACCAAGAGAACAACCACAUCUAUCAAAGCUAUCUCUGCUGGAAAUCUGUAGCGAAGUUGACAGACAAGAAGGCCAUUGUUCACACCUUAGCUGUCCAUGCAAAAUGAAGCAGAAUGUCUAGCUUUUGAAGCCAAGAAUGAAAUAUCCUAUAAGCACCUUAUGUCUCCUGGUGAAGUUGAUUAUCUUACAUUGCUAGACAAGCUUGUUUAUCAUUUUGCUUCAUUGACAUUAUAGUCUCAUGGCUUCAAACCAACUAGCGGUAGCAUUUGAAUCUUUUAGAUUUGCUUAUACAUCAAAUGCAUUGUUUAGCACUUGAGUCACAUGAUCGUGAACUUGCCAAAGAUAUUACUUCUUUUAAAUGGUCAGUAUUAGUGCCUUUUUGAAGUUUGUUGGUGGUAUUAUCUUCCAUGGCUAGUCUUCGUACCUCUUUAAGGUCUGUUGGCAAUGUUAUGUUUCAUGGCCAGCAUUAGUGCCUUUUUGAGGUCUAUUGGCGGUGUUAUCUUCCAUGGCCAGUAUGGUUGCCUCUUCAAGGCCUGUUGGCAAUACUAUCUUUUAUGGCCAGCAUUAAUGCCUUUUUGAGGUUUGCUGGUGGUAUUAUCUUCCAUGGCCAGUAUUCGUACCUCUUCAAGGCCUGCUGGUAGUGUUAUCUUUCAUGGCCAACAUUAGUGCCUUUUUGAGGUUUGUUGGUAGUGUUAUCUUCCAUGGCCAAUAUUGUUGCCCCUUCAAGGCCUGCUAGCAAUACUAUCUU